UUGUUUCCUAAAAUGGAAAUGAGAACCUUUAUAUGGGACGUCCAAAAAAGAAAAGUCGAAACCUUCUAAUGGGACGGAGGGAGUAUUACAUAUAAGCAAAAAGGAAAAGGAAAAUAGUCAAAUAAGCCCUCCUGCUACUCCAAAAAUGUCAAUUAAACCCCUCAACAAAAAACACUCGAUCAAACCUAUGCACUCAAAAAAAAAUCUCAAAUUGGCUUUUUAGCCUGUAACCUUCCCGUUCCCGGUAAACUGCUAACGUGUGAUAUGAUGUGGCUUUUUAAAACAAAUUCUCUUUCUUUUACUUUUUCUUUCCCAUCCCCUUUUCUUUUCGUUCUCUUUCUGGUUACUUCCUCUUGCGGGGUCAACCGUCGUCUUUCUUCCUCGCAAAUCGCAACUCCACUUCUUUCCUCUACAGACUACAGCUCGCAGGCAUUUCAGACGAGCUCUGUUUCUAUCAUGAAUAUGGUGAACGACUCACGCACAUUUGAGGACCACAGAGACGUUGAGUGCAUGGGUUUGAUUGGGUGUUUUUUUAGUUGGGGGGUUUUUGGAGUAGUAGGGGAGGGGGCUUAUUAGACCCAUAACCGGCGGUUGAUGGAGCACGCUACUUCACCUCAUUGCUUG